AUGUUCCGGCGCGCGGCCGUUGCAACCCUGCUGCUCAGCAGCGCAGUUUCCGUCAACACCCUCGACGCCCGGUCCCAGGUGGCGACGCAGGGACAGGAUGACGUCCGGGCCUUUGACGUCGCCCUGCUCCACGAGGGCCACGCCGGCACCUUGAACAGGAGGGCCGACGCCGCAAAGGCCGAUGGCGCCAAGGGGGCCGAUGCCGCAAAGGGGGCCGAUGCCGCAAAGGCCGGCGCUGAUGCCAAGGCUGGCGAUGCCAAAGCGGGCGAUGCCAAAGCCGGUGGUGACGCCAAGGCCGGCGCAAAGGCUGGAGAUGCCAAGGCUGGCGACGCAGCAAAGGCUGGUGAUGCCGCAAAGGCAGGCGACGCAGCCAAGGCUGGUGCCAAGGCUGGUGAUGCUGCAAAGGCCGGAGAUGCCGCAAAGGCCGGAGAUGCUAAGGCUGGUGACGCGAAAGCUGGUGGCGCCGCAAAGGCAGGCGACGCAGCAAAGGCAGGCGACGCAGCAAAGGCAGGCGACGCAGCAAAGGCAGGCGACGCAGCAAAGGCAGGCGAUGCCGCAAAGGCCGGCGACGCUGCAAAGGCAGGGGACGCAGCCAAGGUCGACGACAAAGCAAAGGCCGGCGGGGCCGCUAGCGGCGGCGGUGGCGCUGCCAACAACGCCGACAGCGGCAACAACGCUGGCGGUGGUAGCGGCGGAAGCGCUGAUGCCGGCGGUGGUGGCGGCGCCGGGGGCAGCGCCGAUGCCGGCGGCGGCGGUGGCGGUGCAGGAGGUGCAGCUGGCGGUGGUGCUGCCGCCCCUCCUCCCCCCGCUGACGGCGGUGCUCCCCCACCACCCCCGGCCGACGGAGCUGCUCCUCCUCCCCCUCCCCCCGACGCCAAGGGCAAGGACGCCAAGGGCAAGGACGCCAAGGGCAAGGACGCCAAGGCCAAAGACGCAAAGGCCAAGGAUGCCAAGGGCAAGGACGACGCCAAGAAGGGUUGUGCCGCUGCUGGUGCCGCCGCCGCCGCAGAAGAUGCGGCCGCCGCGCCUCCCCCUCCCCCUCCCCCCGCGGCCGACGGAGCAGCACCCCCGCCCCCGGCCGCCGCCGGCGGGGCGGGCGCGGGCAAAGGGAGCGGCAAGAAAGCCGCUGGUGCCGCUGGCGCCGCAGCAGGUGCCGCAGGAGCCGGAGCUGGGUCCGGAGGCGGAGCUAUGGGUGAUAUGUCCGGGUCGGGCGGGUCUGCUAGCUCGGGCGGCGACGCCGUGAGCGGCGGAUCGGCCAGCAGCGGUGGCUCGAGCGACAGCAGCAGCGGCGGCGGCGGCAGCAGCAGCAGCUCUGGUGGCGACAGCUCGGCCAGCGGCGGCUCGUCCGGCGGCGGCUCCGGCGACAGCAGCAGCAGCAGCAACUCGGGCAGCGCCGUGGUCUCCAGGUCCGUCAAGAAGCUCAAGAACCUGAGGACCCGCAACCUGCUCCAGGCCAACCGCUGGUAG